GCGUUGUCCAACUAGCGCCGGUAACAUGUAAGCCAGGAGUUGCAAAUUGCAGCCUGCCUGCCUUUUGCUGCCUUGGUGUCAGCCGGUCCGGCUCCAAGCAAGCUCACCUCCAAACCCAUACCAAGAUAUUUUACUCCCCACCAUGACUCUCUCGCCCAGCGCCAAUGCUCCGCCGGCAGGCAAUUCUACAGGCGUAGCCAGGGCCGCCGGUAGGCGCCGAAUCACAUUUUAAUCGCAGCCUCUCCACACCAGUCACAGCCCAUUGCGGCGUCGACUGCACGAUUUAUUGAGCUCACAACUUGAUCGGACAAGGUUGUCACUGGAAGCCAUAAUCCGAGUGGCGCACAAGCGGGUUCCCGCGUUACUUUUGGCUGCUGCUGUUUAGAGGAUGCUCUCGCUGGUUAUGGAACAGAUCGAGUGCGAGUCUGACCUUCCCGAACCGAGCAGGCGGCAUAACGCAAGAUGUGCGUGUGCAGCCAAAGUGGCGUGGCGUGCGCUCCCAACAAAGCGGCCGAGGGCCAACACUCGGGCCCUAUUUCAUUUGAGGUAGGCUGGUAUUGAUUCACAAUGCUCGUACCGUGGUAUUCGCCAUCCAUUAGUAGCGGCCGGCGUUGUUGUCGCAGAAAACGAUUAAUGAAUGAGCCUACCACCGCUUCCUAGUUAUGGACCCGAGUACCUAUUCGAGUGGGUUCAUAUUGACUGCACCUUCCAUCUUAGACCUGGUGCGGGGUACUGCGCCCGCCCUGGAUUAUGGCUUGCUGGUGACUUGGACGGAAAAGCCGCUGGCCGAUGGUGGCCGAGGAGGAGCAGCCGAGUAACCGAGCUUUGCUGUGCCAAGCAGCCGCGAUAAGAGACGGGCAAGUGGGCAACCACCUCAUGAUUGAAACUAUCAAUUGCUACAUUCCAUCCCUUGCAGCCGGCCGCCAACAGACUCGCAUGCACCACCUCAUUCCAGGAUUCUAUUGAUCCCACAGGAAGAACUUCGGUGUUGUCGGUGCCUGCAAGAGACAACAGCGAUCAUUUUGAGGUGGGAAAAGGCUGCCUCGGCCAGCUCAAUCCGAAUCAUCGAUCGCUUUCAGCGGGGGACAGGGCCUUACUCGCUUACCUCCGCUCCGUCCUCGGCUGGCCCGAAUCGAAUAUCCAGAUCUGGCAACCGGUCUGGCUCAUUAUCUCGACCAUGCCGUUUAUUCUCGGUCUCUCACGACACCGGAAGGAUUGCAAGUUCAAGCAGGAGCAGCGCGCUGAGCGCAUUCGCUCGCUCACUCGCUACCAUGGGGCGCUUACCGACCAAGACAAGGCCACUCUUCGGGCUCCCAUAAAGGAGCUCGUCAGAGGGGUCCAUGAAGAGUCGAUCAACCCCGUCGACAUCCUGCUGACCUAUGGCAAGGUUGCCAUAAAGGCCCAUGCCAAAACCAACUGCCUGACCGAGGUGAUGCUCCCUAGUGCUGAGGCUGCCUUGGCAGAUGGCAGUGUGAACCUCAAAGGUCCCCUCGCCGGCAUCCCCGUCAGUCUCAAAGACACGGUACCUGUGGGUGGCUACGACAGCACAGUCGGCUACAGCAGCCUGAUAGGUAACGCCCAGCCCAAGGACGGCCCCAUCGCGCGUCUGCUCAAGGACGCGGGUGCUGUCCCCUACGUCAAGACGAACAUCCCCAUCACGUUGCUCUCGUUCGAGUCUACCAAUGAUGUCUGGGGCCGCACUACCAACCCCCACAACCCGCGUUAUUCUCCGGGCGGCUCUACAGGUGGCGAGGCCGCUCUUCUUGCCAUGGGCGGCCGUAUUGGAAUCGGGAGCGACGUUGCUGGCAGCGUGAGGCUUCCAGCCGCCUGGUCCGGCUGCUACAGCCUGCGCUGCUCCACAGGUCGCUGGCCCAAAUGGGGGGUCAGCACCAGCAUGCCGGGCCAGGAGGGCGUACCAAGCGUUUACAGCCCGAUGGCCCGCACGUUGGAUGACUUGACCUAUUUCACGCGCUCCAUCGUCGGCAUGGAACCGUGGAAAUACGACCACACCGUCCACCCGCUGCCCUGGCGCGACGACGACGCGACUGCGAUCUUGGGCGGCGGGGAGAACUCGAAGAAGGCGCGGGUGGGCGUCAUGCGCUCCGACGGCGUGGUAGAUCCCAGUCCCGCGUGCGCGAGGGCGCUCAGCAUGGUCGAGGAGGCGCUGCGCCGGGCCGGGCACGACGUCUUCGAGAUGCGGCCGCCGGCCACAUACGAGGCGCUCCGUGUGGCAUCGCUGCUCCUGAACGCCGACGGCUGCGGCACUUUUGAGAGCUUCAUGCGGCCGGGCGAGUGGCAGGACCGCGGGGCCGACCAGAUGAGCUGGAUGAUGAAGCUGGCCCGCCCCUUCAAGUACCUGUACUACCUGUGGGUCAAGUACGUCCGCAAGGACGACGUCUGGGCCGGCCUGGUGCGGGACUGGCACCCCAAGUCGGCCCUGGAGAACUGGAAGCUCGUGGGCGAGCGGGAAAGCUACCGGCUCAAGUGGUUCGAGUGGUGGAACCAGGCCGACGUCGAUUUCCUGCUCACUGUGCCCAACGCGACGCCGGCGCUGCCGCACGACGCCAUGAAGGACGCCGUUAGCAGCUGCGGCUACACGUUUCUGUUCAACUUCCUCGAUUACACCGCCGGCGUCCUUCCGGUAACUCAUGUGGACAAAGCCAAAGAUAAGCUGCCCGCAACGUUCAACUUCAAAAAUAUGAAUGGCGUAGCUCAGGGUGCGUAUAAGUACUACGACGCAGAGGCCAUGCAUGGCUUGCCUGUUGGUGUUCAGGUUGUCGGGCGUCGUCUCGAGGAGGAGAAGGUGCUGGCCGCCAUGAAAGUCGUGGAGGACGCGCUCGGAGAAGAUAAAUACCGGCUGCUAGAGAUUGACUAGGCACAACGACUGGCGCUCUAGCGCCAAGUGUGCGUAUCCUUUGGGGGAACUCUUUGGGGGAACUCUUUGGGGGAACUUGAUGGGUCAAGCUGUGACCACAGGACGGAUUCAACGCAGUGAUUUUAACAUGACACGAAUGGGCAGGAAGAUAGCCAGGGUACGUAAUUGCGGUCCCAAAUAGUUCGCACCAGGGUGAUGGGACAUAAUUGCGUUGUCCAUGAUCCGCAAGCUAUAUCGGCGGGGCUCCGAAAUCGGAGCUCUGGAGCGGGCUCGGCUACCAACAAGGGAAAACACGAAGUAUAAGAUGCGAGAGGAAACCAAGGAAUAGCUGAAAUCUCAUGGUAUACCUACCUAGUUUACGAGCCAAAUAUUGUGGCAGGAUACAGUGGCCCAAAUAAUUUGUUUCAUCAAAGCAUAUCUCCGAUACUGUCCUGACUCUGGCCCAUCCGUUUGUCACCUACAUACCU